AUGGAAUUCUGUGAGACUCCCCAUAUUCUGUGCUCUGGCUAUCAAGCAGAUUUACACGGUGUAGCUGAGCACAGUUACCCGCUAGAGGUGGGCUCAGAUGUGGAUACUGAAACAGAAGGUGGUGCGUCCCCGGACCAUGCCCUGAGGAUGUGGAUGAGGGGGAUGAAAUCGGAACACAGCUCCUGUUUGUCAAGCCGAGCAAACUCAGCGUUGUCCCUCACUGACACUGACCAUGAAAGGAAGUCUGAUGUGGAGAAUGGAUUUAGUUUCAGCCCUGCUUGCUGCAGCAUGCAGGCUUUUAUUGGCAGUGCUGAGGAUAUGCCUGGUAGCCCACAUAACCAGUUCACCUUCAGACCCCUUCCGCCGCCACCUCCACCACCGCAUGCGUGCACCUGUGCCAGAAAACCACCUCCCACAGCUGAUUCUCUCCAGAGAAGAUCAAUGACCACCCGCAGCCAGCCCAGUCCUGCUGCCCCGACUCCCCCCACCAGUACACAAGAUUCGGUGCAUCUCCAUAACAGCUGGGUAUUGAACAGCAACAUACCGCUGGAAACCAGGCAUUUCCUAUUUAAACAUGGAUCUGGGUCUUCAGCUAUCUUCAGCGCAGCCAGUCAGAACUAUCCUUUAACAUCCAAUACUGUUUACUCUCCACCUCCUAGGCCUCUACCUAGAAGUACCUUUUCCAGACCUGCCUUCACUUUUAACAAACCUUACAGGUGUUGCAACUGGAAGUGCACUGCUUUGAGUGCUACUGCUAUUACAGUUACCCUGGCGUUGUUGCUCGCCUAUGUCAUUGCAGUACACUUGUUUGGUUUAACCUGGCAGCUACAGCCUGUUGAAGGGCAGCUAUAUGAAAAUGGAGUUAGUAAAGGAAAUAAAGGAACAGAAUCCAUGGAUACUACUUACUCACCAAUCGGAGGAAAAGUUUCUGAUAAAACGGAAAAAAAAGUGUUUCAGAAGGGACGGGCCAUAGACACAGGAGAAGUUGAGAUUGGAGCACAAGUUAUGCAGACGAUUCCCCCUGGUUUAUUCUGGCGCUUUCAGAUUACUAUACAUCACCCCGUGUACCUGAAAUUUAACAUUUCACUGGCGAAGGAUUCUCUGCUGGGAAUUUAUGGCAGAAGAAACAUUCCACCUACUCACACUCAGUUUGAUUUUGUAAAACUGAUGGACGGAAAACAGUUAAUUAAACAGGAACCAAAAAACUCAGAGGAGCCUCAGCAAGCUCCCAGGAAUCUGAUCUUAACUUCACUGCAAGAGACAGGUUUCAUCGAGUAUAUGGAUCAAGGAGCUUGGCAUAUGGCAUUCUACAAUGAUGGAAAGAAAGUGGAGCAAGUGUUUGUACUAACCACAGCGAUUGAAAUCCUGGAUGACUGCUCUACUAAUUGCAAUGGGAAUGGAGAAUGUAUCUCGGGGCACUGCCACUGUUUCCCAGGAUUCCUUGGUCCUGAUUGUGCAAAAGAUUCCUGUCCAGUGCUGUGCAGCGGAAAUGGAGAAUAUGAGAAAGGUCACUGUGUGUGUCGAAAUGGCUGGAAAGGACCAGAGUGUGAUGUUCCAGAAGAACAGUGUAUUGAUCCAACCUGCUUUGGCCAUGGUACUUGUAUCAUGGGCGUCUGCAUCUGUGUCCCUGGAUACAAAGGAGAGAUUUGUGAGGAAGAGGACUGCUUGGAUCCGAUGUGUUCUGGCCAUGGUGUGUGUGUUCAAGGGGAAUGUCACUGCUCCACGGGCUGGGGCGGUGUGAACUGUGAGACGUCGCUUCCUGUGUGCCAAGAGCAGUGCUCAGGACACGGGACUUUCCUCCUGGAUACGGGACUCUGCAGCUGUGAACCACAGUGGACAGGUUCAGACUGUUCAACAGAGCUGUGUACCCUGGACUGUGGCAGCCACGGUGUCUGUUCAAGAGGGAUAUGCCAGUGUGAAGAGGGCUGGGUGGGACCCACCUGUGAAGAACGUACCUGCCACUCUCACUGUGCUGAGCACGGCCAGUGCAAGGACGGGAAGUGUGAGUGCAGCCCUGGAUGGGAAGGGGACCACUGCACCAUUGCUCACUACUUAGAUGCUGUUCAAGAUGGCUGCCCAGGUCUCUGUUAUGGAAAUGGGAGGUGCACUCUUGAUCAGAAUGGAUGGCACUGUGUUUGUCAAGUGGGCUGGAGUGGCUCAGGAUGUAACGUUGUCAUGGAAAUGGUGUGUGGAGAUAACCUGGACAAUGAUGGAGAUGGCUUGACAGACUGUGUAGACCCUGACUGUUGUCAGCAAAGCAGUUGUUACGCAAGUCCUCUCUGCCAGGGUUCGCCUGAUCCCCUUGACCUUAUUCAGCAAAGCCAACCGCCUUUCUCUCAACAUCCUCCAAGGCUCUUUUAUGAUCGAAUCAGAUUCCUUAUUGGGAAGGAAAGCACUCAUGUAAUCCCAGGAGAUGUCUCCUUUGAGAGCAGACGGGCAUGUGUCAUUCGAGGCCAGGUGGUAGCAAUAGACGGAACACCUUUGGUUGGAGUGAACGUCAGUUUUCUGCACCACAAUGAGUAUGGAUACACGAUCAGUCGACAAGAUGGAAGUUUUGACCUUGUGGCUGUUGGAGGCAUCUCUGUCACUCUAGUUUUUGACAGAUCUCCUUUCUUAUCUGAAAAAAGGACUCUUUGGUUGCCUUGGAAUAGAUUUGUCAUCGUAGACAAAGUUGUAAUGCAAAGAACAGAGUUGGACAUGCCGUCUUGUGACAUCAGUAGUUUUAUCAGCCCAAAUCCGAUUGUACUUCCUUCACCCUUGACAGCAUUUGGAGGGUCCUGUCCCGAAAGAGGAACCAUUAUUCCAGAACUACAGGUGGUCCAAGAAGAAAUCCCAAUUCCUUCGAGUUUUGUGAAGCUGAGUUAUCUCAGCAGUCGAACACCAGGGUAUAAAACUUUGCUGCGCAUUAUUUUGACACACACAACCAUCCCUUCUGGAAUGACAAAAGUCCAUCUGAUAGUUGCUGUUGAAGGACGUCUGCUUCAGAAAUGGUUUCCUGCUGCAGCGAAUUUGGUAUACACAUUUGCCUGGAAUAAGACAGAUAUAUAUGGACAGAAGGUUUCUGGUCUGGCCGAGGCGAUGGUGUCAGUGGGAUAUGAAUAUGAAACAUGUCCUGAUUUUAUUCUGUGGGAGAAGAGAACAGUAAUCCUUCAAGGCUUUGAAAUGGAUGCUUCAAAUCUGGGAGGCUGGUCUAUAAACAAGCACCAUGUAUUAAAUCCACAAAGUGGAAUUGUACACAAAGGAAACGGUGAAAACAUGUUCAUUUCCCAGCAGCCACCAGUCAUCUCAACCGUAAUGGGCAAUGGACACCAGAGAAGUGUCUCUUGUUCCAACUGCAAUGGUCUUGCGCUCAACAGCAAACUGUUUGCCCCAGUUGCUCUUGCUUCUGGGCCUGAUGGUAGUGUGUAUAUUGGGGACUUCAAUUUUGUCAGACGGAUCUUUCCCUCUGGAAACUCGAUUGGCAUAUUAGAAUUAAGUACAAGCCCUGCACAUAAAUAUUACUUGGCUGUUGAUCCAGUGUCAGAAUCCCUUUACUUGUCAGAUACCAACACCAGAAAAGUCUACAAAGCAAAAUCUCUCAUUGAAACAAAGGAUCUGGCCAAAAAUGCAGACGUGGUGGCAGGAACAGGUGAUCAGUGCCUUCCAUUUGACCAGAGUCACUGUGGAGAUGGCGGAAAAGCGUCUGAGGCCUCUCUCAACAGUCCAAGAG